CGUGAAACGAACACACCCACUGUUUACACGGCGCGACAUCGCAGGGAGAGGGGCUUGUCUGGCAAAAUUUUGUUGCUGUUAGGUGGUCAGUUUGCGCUGCGCUUCGGGCUGUAGACGCCGCGCUCGGUUAUAUCUCCGCGACUAGUAAGCACCGUACGCGCGCCUUUGAAACAUCAUGGGAGUUAUUCGAAACGGAGCGAAUGGGAAGGACCCCUUCAACGGGACGGCGGCCAGUUACGAUGUCCUUGACGGGUUUAAUAGUCAUGAUGAAGGCGAGGAGCCCGUGGAACUGGUUGUCCAUGUUCAUCACUCAUCGCUUCUGGAGCCGCGACGGCGCGCUGCGCGCCGGUCAAUGCCUGCCUGUGGCGACGUCUUGGGGCUGAGCUCUCGCGGGAAGCACCGUUCUACCAGAAAAGUACGGCGCCUCGACAACGAGCGCUUCCUGCACACCCUUGCGGAGGAAGAUGAGGACGCUGCAGGACAAUUGAGCAUCGACGACUUCGUGCACCAGUCGGUCUCUGCCUUCUCCCGGUUGCUCGCUGACCUGGACAACCACGAGGUCUGGGAUGAAGUGCUCAACUCCAAAGGACAGGCGCAGCCUCUGGUUGAGGACCAUGAGCCCGAUAAAAUUGCCGACGAAGUGACCAGUAGUCUUCCCACCUCUGGUGGCUGCUUCCAGAGGCUGGACGCAGCACUACGGAGCCUGUUGAGGAAGCAGCGCGUCCCCCUAGGCACGCUGUGCCUGCUGGAGUCUGAGCUGUGCCUGAGCUUUGAGCGCGAGCCCCGUGGGGAGCAGCGCUACCAGCUGGCCAGCAGCUUCGAGCGCCUUCUGCUGCAUGCCCUGUGCCAGUACAUGAGUCUGCUCGCACACAGCUACGACAUGGAGGGCAAGCGCUGGACGAGGGUGCGAAACGGCAGGACCGAGUUCUGUCGGCCCCCUGAGUCCCUCUCCGCUUACCUCGAGCGCCACUGGGCCGCCCGCAGUGGCUGCUGACCACAUCAAAAAGACCUGCGUGGUCAUCAGCGUUGUUUAUUGUGCAACCCACCUGUUACAUUAGCUGAACCCACCUCGUCCUGACACUUGCCGUCACCUUUGCUUGUUUGCAGCUAGUAAUGGCUAGAUGGGCUAAUUUGUGAGAACAGUAAAAGCAGCCUAGAUGAAGGUGAAGAUUGGGUCUAGUUGGUUUGAAAUUUCGUGAAACAGCAGUGCUGAAAGACAGGAGGAACAAAAGAUGCAGACGACAGGAGCACUUGUGUCGUCUGCAUCGUUUCCUUGUCCAGUUUUUCACCGCUGCCGUUCCAUGGGAAUCGCCAUAGGUGUGGCCAAACUGCCAGCCAUUUCUGAAAAAGUGGUUUUGCACUUGCCUUCAAAGCGCACACUUACUUGGAUUUUAUGAGCAUGGCUGUCGAAAACCAGAUGUCUUUUGAGCAAGUGGUGCACGCGAGGUUAUGGCUGUUGCUUUGUCACAUGCUCAUCUACUUGUAAGGACAUUGCUUUCGAAAUUCAAAUGGACUAAUAGGGGUGAUACGCUAGAAUGUGUGAUUGGCUGAGUUGCUAACUUCAGCAAAUAUGCGUAAUGAAUGUUGCUUGUUUUGUGGGAGGUUGGGGUGCAUUUUAUCCUUUCUUGUGAGCUGUGAAAAAAGAAAGAAAAAAUGGUAUGCGAUGUACUAGCAUCAAAUUUAAUUCUUUCACCUACACAUCAAACUUGUUCUCUAUAGACAUUUUGGAGUGUUUUAUUGCCCCUUUUUUCGCACAGUAGUUUUACUGCACCAUUCUCUUCAAAAAUGUGCAGGCAUUACUUAGACAUUGUUAUCAACAGUUGCUGCAGUCAGCAGAAAAACAUGACCCACAGCUUUUGAGCUGGAAGUGCAAACUCAUUCAGCACUUAAAGUGCCCCAGUGUUGCCAUCAUGACUCAUUUGCUUGGUUCAGGGUGUUGAAGUCCAAAUGCACGCAUCGUUCAUAAUAUGUCAUUCACAAUGUUUAGCGUAGUUAGUCGUGGGAAAAAUAUGGUGCAGAGCUCUUGUGUACGCACUGAAAACUUAUUCAGCCACUUAAAGUACUCCGUCUUUCCAUCAUGACACCUCUUUAGUUUCAUUCACAGUGUUCACUCCAAUUUAUUGCACGCAUUUCGCAGACAUCGUUCACAAUGUUUGCUCAAUAUGGUAACGAAAACGUGGUGCACAGCUUUUGUGCAGAUGCUGCAGACAUGCACAAUGCUCUGUGUUGUCAUCAUGAACUGCUUUGUUUGGUUUGCGUGAUUGCUUGAAGCGCAUCCAACUGUGCAUCCAGCACUUAAAGCACUCGAUGCUGCCGUCAUGGCACCUGUAUAAGCCGAUUGAGUGCAUUGCUGACAUUCUCAACAUUCAUGGUAGUUACUGGAAAAAUGUGGCACACAGCUUUUGUGCACACAGUGCAAGCUUAUUCAGCACUGAAGGCAGUGAGCAUUGCAUCAUGAGUUAAUGAGAAUUGGUACAAUGAGGGCAUGUGACUCCGUUUCAAAAAUGCGUCUUUCACAUGGUAACUAGGCAAACCAGAGUGAUGCAGUUGGGUGUUUCCAUAACUGUUCUAUAAUUGGUAAAAGAAGGAUAUACCAUGUUGCCUGGUGUCACAUAAUGAGUAGGGUAAGGUAAUGCUUUCAUAAUUGCAUGUCAAACUUCUGUUUGUUGGCAAAGGAAGUUUUACCAGGCUAGUCAUUACAGAGUCAAGAAAAAGAAACUGUGUGCUCACAAAUGAGGCAAGGUUGAAGUUCUGCACUGGCAAAAGCUCUUUCGUUGUGGUCUCGCAGUAAACGGAAAGAGUAGAAAAAAAAGCGGGUGAAAGCCUCAAGUCUUAUUUUUUUUUAAUGGUUGAAUGCAUGCUCAAACAAGGUUUUUGAGUAAUUUCUUUUGCUGUCAUCAGCUGAUGCUGGUUAUCUAGCAGACUUCAGUCUCUGUGGGAAAAACAAGUGUGUUAACUGUGGCUCCGUUGUGACCUGCUGCUCUGUGCUUUUCUUCUGUGUAUCCGGCUACCUUCACUCUAAUGCCAGCCUAGAAUGCACAAUUCUUAGUCAGGUAAAAUUUCCUGUCACAAAUUUCUGUCUUGAAAGCGAAUGUUUGUUUUUAGCACUGAAAGCACUGCUGUCAGACUAAUUUACUGAGUCGUCUCUAUGGAAGUGAGGCUACCCGAUUGCCAUUAAUGAUACUUUGCAAAGCUUUACACUUAGACAGGUUUAACAUUAGUCACUUACCAUGCACUUAGGGCGUAGGUUUUAUCACUUUUAUAUCACUUUUAUACCGCUCUUAUCACUUUUUCGACAGUGUGCAUUAUGAAGUGAGCUCUUUUGCAGCUUGAGGCCUUUUACUGUCGGCAACAGUGAAAUCAUUGCAAUGCCAGAAUAUGUAUGCCAAUUAAAAGGACAACAGAAGGAAGCACUGAUUCAGCCUUGGUUGUAGACUACUUUUCCAAUAUUGUCUCAACAUCAUUUUGGUUGGGGAAAUGUUGUUUAUUACUAGAUAAAACAAAACCUCAACUUUCCCCAUUGCAUUUGGUGUCCACCCCACAGCAACGACAACCUGAUGUCAUGGAUUUCUGUAGAUUAUCACAUAUCUUGAAUAUUAUGUAUGGAUGACUGUUACAUAGACACACGAAAAGUCCACAAGACUUGCCAGAUUAUGUUUUCAUCUUUUAUUGCAGUGUAAUUUAAUAUAUUUUCUCUUCUGUGUCCAUUUAAGAAAGAUUGUUUUGCAGAAACAACACUUUUAUUGCUAAUUUCAUAAUAUGGAUCAUGUGUCAUGUAAAAAUUUAAGAUUUUUAUGCGAUUCUUGAAUUCUUUCUUCUCAUUCACAGCAAUGCCAGUUGCUUGGGAAUGCCAUUUAAAUUCAGACUUGAGAAGUUAAGAUUUUUAGAACUGUAGAUAAAAAGUAAAGAAGAAUGUGUGAAACAAGGUAAAUAGAUGACUGCAAUAUUUUUUGCUUUAUUGUUUAUUGUUAUGAUUUUUAACAUAGUUUUGCUGAUCAAUUAUAUAAUUUGUGUCAACGCAAAGUACUAGAGACAACAGACAUAGUUAAAGGCAACUGACGUUUCUAUAGCUUGGGCCUUACUUUGUUAUAUUGUGUUUGUUUUAUAUAUAUGUAUAUUGCACAUUGUUUUUAGAGUGGUGCUUGCUUACAUUUGCCAUUAUGUUCACCUGCAUUGUGCAUUAGAAAUAAUGUUUUGCAGUCCAUCAUCGAUCAUAGCCUGACGAUCCAGAGAAGUGUGCUUACAUCUGUGAUCUGUUGAUUUUUGCAGUUUACUUGUGUUUAUUCAAACUUCCAGGCACACAAAAUUUUUGUUUAGACUAUACCUGAACUUUGAAUUGGUUGAAGUCUAAUAAGACAUGGUUACUAAACCUUGUUGAUACGUUUUUCAGGGGACUGUAGGAAAUAAACAUAACAGCCAGGAAAACAUAACAGUGAGAAAGGCCCAAAUCGACCACAUAAAUGUCAGAAACAGCUCCGAACGGCCGCCAGUACAGUUAUUAAAUGCCUCAGCACUCGUACUGUGAUGAGAGAUGGCGCUUGCACACGUAGGACGCAUACUAUAUUCAGCGACCGUGGCCCCGUUUCACUCCCAAUAUCCUUCACUACGUAGCAUGGCUGUAUGUGGAGAAGCUUACUUAAGGAAACCUGUGAGAACCACAACUGUGCUGAGGCAGUCAUAUCAGGACUGACGAUCGCAUACUUUCAGCAUUUCAUGGCAGUCUUAACCACGGGCAUAUCUUAUUCGUCUUCGUAGUGAUGUACAAGACCAAAUUUGCCUCUGCACCACUAAAUUUGCCUGACCGCCACAUUCAAACGUAGCGUAAGAUGCGGGAACAUUACAGAAUAGCGACACAUGAAACGGGAACAUAAUACACGAGCUUCAAUGGGCUUUAGGUUGGGACUGUGAAAAUUCUACAUGGCAGUCAGGAAAACCCAACAGCGAAGAACGUAUCAACGAGGUUCCACUCUAUAUGUAUAGGCACAAAACCUUUUUAUUUCUGUAUUGUGUGGUCAUUGCCAGGUUCCAUAGAGAAACGGGGAAAGUGUGCCUGUGCAGUCAUGAAAGCUGCGAAUACACGCAGGAGUCAUAGGUUCCGUUCUUGCUAUCACAUCAUAGCAGCAAAAAUGCUUGAAUUUUCUGAAAGUCUGGUUUGAAUUUGGGAGCUUCAAAAUGCCUUGAAGGCAUAAUGGGAAACGAGUCUUCAGGUUGGUGUAAUUAACUAGGAUGUUAAAUUAGUUGAGUCAGAAUUCGCACACUUCGACUGUGCUCAUAGUGAUAACAAAUCCAGAUGGCGUCAUUUGGUUGCCUUGCAGUGUCUGUACUUCUUGCUUCUCAGACGUCAACAGAGAAUUGCUUCUCUGUUGAACCAUAUUUAAAUGACAGCACCAGGCCAGACCUGGCUUAAGAUGAUGCGUGCUUUGCAUACACAUGACAGCUCGUUGUGCUGUACUCUAUGCUGUCAUUGUGAGCAUUAAAAUCAUUGCUGAAGAAUGUGGA